AGUGCCUCGCCUUUCGGCUACACGAGCUUGAAUCGAGUUAGGCGUUGAACUUAGGUACUGUACCUUUGGUUAUUUGCACGGCCAGUGACCAUCAGCCCUGCGCUGCGCUGCUGCCAAAGAGUCGCCUGUUCCUUCGCCUGCUGGGACGAUUCGGGCUGUUCAUGCGCCGUUCUUUACACAUCAGCUCGCACAGCAACAAAAACAUGUUUAAACGGUCCUAUGAGGCAUGUAUAUAGGUGCACACGGAACCUCUGCGAGCGAUCAUAAUACGGCACCUCAUACCGAGAUCAUGACCUCGGUCAUCCCAUGGCUGCAACCACCUCGUCGCCCAGCACGGGCCUCCUCAAUCUCGAAAAGGAACUCGUCUGUUUCAUCUGCACCGAAAUCCUUUACCAACCGCUCACUCUCAUUGACUGCUUGCACACCUUUUGCGGCUCGUGCUUGAAGGAAUGGUUCUCACAUCAACACCGCAAAGCUACCCACUCUCACUCGUCAUCCUCCGCCAGUCCCUACACUUGCCCAACAUGUCGCGCUCCAGUAAAAGAUGCUCAGCACAAUGCCAUGAUAAAUACGCUGUUGGACAUGUUCCUUGUCGCCAAUCCCUCCAAGGGCAGAUCUCCCGAGGAGAAGGCUGAGAUGUCUCAGGCCUACAAGCCCGGCGAUGAAAUAAUGCCCAAGGUUGAAAGCCAUAGAAGGAGGGAGCGACGAAGGCGCGACGACGAAGAGGCUUCUGGCAGGGAGCGAAGGCCGCAAGAGAAUGACACUCGUAUUAGUGGCGCACGGGGACAACAGCUACACCCCUCGUCCGCUGACAAUAGACGUGCGCCACGUCAGGCAAGCAGCAGAAGUCGGGAGUCCAGAGAAAGGUCAGAAAGAUCAGAUGAUUCUGCUCAUCGGGACAGAGGACACAGACAACCUAGCGCGGAUGCAGUUGUAUCUCGACCUCGAAAUGCUGGUUCUCCUGACGCUACUGAUCGUUCAUCCUUGUCUCCGCUAGCCAGCUCACCAAGACAUCCAGAUGCAGUGGAAGCCCGUCAGAGAGGUGCACGGACCGUGGCUCAUCAAGCAAGUUUGCGAUCUAUCGUCAGCGCCUCUGAAAGUGGUACCGGCACCGGCGACAGCUUGAACGAAGCCCAGUUGAUGCAGGAGAUCCUGUCUGAGGGUCUUCUUGACGGCAUCAACCUUGAUGACUUGACUGAAGCGGAGCAGGAUGAACUCAGCGAGUAUAUUGCGGAGCGGUAUCGACAACUACACCCAGAGAGAGCUCGGCGAACACCAUCAGACGAAAGUAGACACGAGAUUCCACCACGAACUGCAGUUCAGCCUGUAGAACAACUCGAAGAAGCAGAUCGUGUUCCUUGUGGCCCUCCAAGAGGCAAUCAACGACGACCCAUACAGCCGAGUCCGAGAUCCAGUCGCAACGUUGUCAUUGGUGGGAGUGGUGGUCGACCACCUACUUCAUUCCCUCAAACUGGGAUUGAUCCUGCCAUGACGAUGCCUCAGGAUGCGCGGCAUCGACGGACGGCUUCUAAUGAAAGUGGAAGGAGCGAACCUUCCUCAAUGAGAACAGGUAGAAGGUCCGCUACAGACCUUGUCGACAGACCACAAUCUAGCUCGUCAGGUUCAGGCCGUCCACGGCAGCUUUCGAACACAAACAGGGCCCAGACCGAACCUAGGAACGCCCCAAGGGUUUCAGAAGUUUGGCAAGCUGCUGGGCGGCAGAUCGGUACGCCGGCACAGACUGAAUCCCCUGGUCCGCAAUCGCUCACACCUGAUCAUGUCGGCCCUAUGAUGUCCGGCGUCAACAAUGCUCCAGUCCCUACAGUGAUGGCAGGAUUAGAUUCCGCUACGUCGACGCAUGAGUGGGCGACAUCGUUGAUGCCGACUGGCUCAAGAAAUAUUGAACAACCCGCGGUCUCAUGUGCGCACUGUUCGCGUGCAAACAUAGAGUAUGAAGUGCAUAGGCAUUGCGCCGCUUGCGAUCUGGAUCUUUGCCUACGUUGUUACAGAGCUGGCCGUGGCUGCAAUCACUGGUUCGGAUUUGGACACGCGGCCAUGGUCAAAUUUGAAGCGUCACAUACUGCUAGAAGCAGCCAAGCUAUUGAGCUGCCUCACAUUCUUGUCGGCCGCCAAUAUCAGAAGAUAGCAUCGAGGACGGGUGGAAAUAGCAGGAACGGAACAAGUACGUCCUCCGUUGCCACAGUACCCCCUCAGGAGGGCAAUUUUUGUGAUCGAUGCGGUGCAUUUGCCAAUGACUGCUUCUGGGCUUGUGAUGUCUGCAACGAUGGUGAGUGGGGCUUUUGCAAAGACUGUGUCAACACGAACCAUUGUUGUCGACACCCUUUAUUGCCUGUUGCUCACAAAUCAUAUGCUCCUGGAAACUUUACACAACAAGUACACAACACAACACAAGCUAGUUCUAUGGCAAUGAGCCCAUACAAUGCCAGGAUUCGAGCAUCAUCACCUGCACAUAGUGCGCCAUCCAGUGCGAAUUCAACGAACGGUCCAGCUUCGAGUCACCGCGCGGAUUUUGUAUCGUUGAUCAUUACAACACAUUGUGACGAUUGCUCGAGGUCGAUCUCUCCAGAGGAGAUGCGGUAUCACUGCCCCGCCCAUCCCACGCCGUCACCGGACAAGCCUGAACAGAAGGGCGAUUUCGAUCUUUGCAACAAUUGCUACCUGAAUCUCGUCAAUACACGGCAAAUCAAGCGUGAAGAUGGCCCUGACGGCUGGCGUCUUUGCCCCAGUGGACACCGCAUGGUUGCUGUAACUUUUGAGCAAAACAAAGAUGACGACCAACGCAGAACCAUCGCUCGAGACAUGGUUGGAGGGACUAAGACGACAGAAGCAGACAUCGCUGCAUGGAAGCUUGCGAAAGCACAGCUCAACGAACCUCGUAUCGAAGAUACAUCAAGGAACCUCCACAGCAGAGGCCAGUGGACAUGGCGAGAAGAUCCAUCUGGUGGGAGACGUGCCACUCGAGCCAGGACCGCAACACUUUCAUCCUCAUCAAACUUCCCGCCAGACGGUGGCAUAGGCAAGGUCUGUCGUGCACUUUGGAGCUAUUACCCUGAAGAGGGUGAGGAUGGAAAAGGCGAGUUGAUGUUCCCGAAACAUGCCGAUGUGCGCGAGGUCGAAGAAGUUAACGAGGAGUGGUGGUUUGGAGUGUACGCUGGAGACCAAGGUGUCUUCCCCGCUGUUUAUGUCAGGGAGUCAUGAACUUGAACCCACGUUGAAAGGCAGAUGAUUGAAUCUGCGGAAAGAUCUGGAGCAUCGAAGUCGAAAUGCUCGGGAUUUCAAUAAUGAGGCAUACAAGUACGGAUAAUGGCGGACCAGGUUACACGACUAUACGAAGACCAUGUUCAACGGAUUCCACAGGCACAGGUUCCACAAACGGCACAUGAGAUAUGAUAUAUAUACCCUUCUAUUCUCCUGGAUUACCAAAAUAAAUCUCCUCAAGUUUUCUACUGGUCAGGCAUCUUGAGGAAAUGGCGGUAUUCCAUAUAGGUUCAUAGCGCAAUGCAAGCCAUCGAUUAGUUCCAAUGGGUCGGCCUUCGCAUUCAUCACCCCAGUAGUCGACCAUCUCCAAGUAAUUC